AUGGCACGCUCCGGGCUGUUGACCACCGUCGUGUUGGCCAUCUCCGCCUUCUGCGCCCUGAGAGCCUUCGUGCCUCCGGCGGACGCGCCCAAUGCCGCCCUGCGUGGCUCCGCCGUGGCCGCUUCCGCCGCUGUGGCGGCAGCCUCCAGCGCGUUGCCGGCCGGUGCAGCGGAUGAGUACCUGAACUACAACAUGACAGGCGAAUACACCCCUUUCAUGAUCAUCGGGUACUUUGGCCUCACCACUUUCCUGACAGCCUUUGCAUUCGGCUCCUACCUGAUCCUCACCAAGCUCAAGAUCAUCUGA